UCCAUCUCCUUCCUUAUUCCUUCGAGCAAACACGCCCAGCCUCAACCAAGGGAAAAACCGUAGCCGCCACCACCGCCGCAAGGAGGAGCUGUCUUUGCCGCCGUCCGUCGCAGUCAGGGGCUUGUCUCCUCGAGUCUUCGUGCGUCGCAAUCAGGGGAGUUUCUUCCAGGUCUUCAAUCUGUUCGCAGUCACAAGUCGCAGGCGCGCCGUUUCUCCCUCGAGCUCGGUGGCCGUCGUCUUGUCGCCGUUGUCUGUCGCCAUCUGUCGCAGUCAGGGGUUUGUCUUCUCGAGUCUUCGUGCAUCGCAGUCAGGGGAGUUCUCCAAGUCCUCGAUCUGUUCGCAGUCCCCGUCGCAGGCGCGCUGCUUCUUCCUCGUGCUCGGCGGCCGUCAUCUUGUCGCCGUCGUCUGUCGCCGUCUUCUGUCGCCGUCGUCUGUCGCCGUCUUCUGUCGCCGUCGUCUGUCGCCGUCUUCUGUCGCCGUCGUCUGUCGCCAUCCGUCCUCCUCAGCGAUCGAAGGUUGGUGAUCAUGAUAGGAAAUACAGGGAAGCUUAUGAUUAAAAAUGGCAGGUGAAUACAAUUAAUACAAGGCAAGAAUUGAAUAAUUGAUUAAGUGAAGGAGGGAAUCGAACCGAUGAAUAUUCGGGGUCAGGGUCAGGGUCCGCCUCCGUUUCCGGCAGCGGCGGCAGGGAUGAUGGAUGGGAUUGGGGUUCCUGUUGCUCCGAAUCCGAUAAACAGGAAGAAGGGGACCGGGGUGAGGGCGUGGCUGCUUCUCGAUUCCAGUGGUCAGAAGCAGGUUGUGGAGGCCGGCAAGCACGCCAUCAUGCGGCGCACGGGUCUCCCCGCCCGUGACCUCCGUAUCCUCGACCCCCUCCUGUCCUACCCCUCGACCGUGCUAGGCCGUGAGAGGGCCAUCGUGAUCAACCUCGAGCACAUCAAGGCCAUCAUCACCGCCCACGAGGUCCUCCUCCUCAACUCCCGCGACCCCUCCGUGACCCCUUUCGUGGAGGAGCUCCACUCGAGGAUCCUCCGGCACCACCAAGUCCAGGGAGCUGCUGCGGCAGCUGCGGCUUCGGAUGAUUUCAAGCUGAGCAAAGUGUACGACUCGGAAGAAGGGCAAUCAAGAGAGGGACAGGAUGAAGAUGAAGAUCCUGACCCCGUUGGGGAGCAAGUGAAAGCCCAAUCGAAGCAGAAUGGUAUCCAGAACGGCGAUGGCAUGAAGAUCCUGCCGUUCGAGUUUGUGGCAUUGGAGGCCUGCCUGGAGGCUGCGUGCAGUGUGUUAGAGAACGAGGCAAAAACCCUGGAACAGGAGGCCCACCCUGCCUUGGACAAGCUCACUUCCAAGAUCAGUACUCUCAAUUUGGAACGGGUUCGCCAAAUUAAGAGCCGACUUGUUGCCAUCACUGGUCGCGUUCAGAAGGUAAGGGAUGAGUUAGAACACUUGCUCGAUGACGACGACGAUAUGGCUGAGAUGUAUCUCACCGACAAGUUACAACAGCUCCACAGUUCUUCUGCCUCCUCUAUAAAUGAUGAUGAUGUUGACAAUGACCACCAUAAUCAACUUGAUGUCGAUGACAGCAUUCCUCCUGAAAUAUCACUGGAAGAGGGUGGAGCUGCUGCAAGCGAUGACGAUAAUCAACAUGAUGAUGACAGGUUAUUAGUGGGAGUUAGCAGGGACAGCCGUGCUAGCACUACCUACAGUACCACAACUAAGCAUCUUGAUGUGGAGGAGCUUGAGAUGCUCUUGGAAGCAUAUUUUGUGCAAAUCGAUGGCACACUCAACAAGCUCUCUACUCUAAGGGAAUACGUGGACGACACAGAGGACUACAUCAACAUAAUGCUAGAUGACAAACAGAAUCAUCUGCUCCAAAUGGGAGUCAUGUUAACCACAGCAACUCUGGUAGUGAGUGCCUUUGUUGUUGUCGCUGGUGUUUUCGGCAUGAACAUUCAUAUUGAGCUAUUUGAUUCAAAUAUUACCGGGAAUGGAGAGUUCUUCUGGACUGUUGGGGGCAGUGCUGCUGGAACCAUUUUCUUGUAUGUGGUUGCCAUUGCCUGGUGCAAGUACAAACGCUUGCUCGAGUAGCUGCACGCCCUGUUUAUGUGCACACAUAGAAGAAAUGUUAUGCAAUACAAAAAUCACUCCUUUUUUAUCCACCUGAAAUUCUAAUAAUACAGUGCAACAUUGCUACAUUACCACAUUACCUGCUGCUACUUCUAUUUGUGAUCUUCAACUAUUUGUGAUCUUCAACUAUUUUAUUCGUUUUGCACAAUAUUCUGUGGAAAUAUUAUACUAGAUCGAAAGAAAGGUAAUUAGGGUAGAAACAUGCCAGUUAUUUGGGAUCUGUACAUAGACUUGUUCAUUUUCAUUGUGAAAUAAAUUGAGAAACGCUUGAGAAAGAACAAUGAGGGGUUCAGGGCUGUUACCUGAGCUUUAAAUUGGAAGAGAAUAUCCAGUUAAUUUUCAUUUUCAGUACCUAA